AUGCAGAAAUCCUGUGCCUGCAGGUUCCUCUACGGCCCUGAGACCAGCGACGAAGACAAGAGUCGCAUAGAGAACAGCCUCCAAUCCAAGACUGAGCUCAAGUUAGAAGUCAAGUUUUAUAAGAAGAACGGUCCAGUGAGAACUCCUCUACUCCGACACCCGGGGUUUGGGAGGAGGGAGGAGGGAGGAGAACGGGGAGAGGGCAAUCAGAGAAUUAGGCCACGAAGGGGCUACUGCGAGACCGGCCCGAGGACUUCCUGGGAUUUGUUACAUGGCUCUGCUGAUAUUGAAAGCAGUGAUCAAUGGACUCUUUGCAGCAGAGAUGAAUCUCCAUGCUCUGUCAUUACCGAAAGCCAUCAAACUGCGCGAUAUAGAGUCCAUAUCACGCGGCCGGCGGUAGGUGCAGCUGCUCCAGACCGGCGAUUAAAGUACCAUCUGCAAUAUCAAAGUCAAUAUAAGAAUCCUGAUAGCUCAAAGUCACCUGACAAUGGACCGCAGUCGAGGAUUAAUGAAAGAGAUUAUCUGAUAUGGGGAAGAAGGAGAUGGAGACGUAAAUCACAUUGGGUAGAUAGGAAACCUGGCGCUUACAGUAAUGGAUACCCAACCUCUCUAGGGCACGCUCGAGAGCUGUUGGUAGUCAAACAUGAACUGAUGAGGCUCCUUGAAGAGAGAGAAUACGCCUGUUUCGAGGAAGUAUAUUGUAUAGAUACGGAUGGAUCCACCCGAUAUGCCGACAUUGUAGCAUUCCCUAAGACGGGAAAGUCGGCGAUGAUUUUGGAUCCGACCGUGAGAUAUGAGAUCAACGACCUCGAUUAG